AUGUGUACCUCUAAGGCUAAAGUGACUACAGGUGGUACUACUACUGCUGCUGCUGCUGUUGAGAUAAUAACGCCACCUUCUGCGGCCAGGAUCAAUGGCCGUCUGGUUCUUCAGCCUACUUGUAACCGUGUUCCGAGCCUCGACCGUCGUAUUUCUUUGAAGAAAAUACCACCUAUUACUCCACCACCUCAACCACUAACAUCAACUCCACCGGCUACUAAUGCUGCCACUGUUUUUCGUUAUCCCUUGGGUCAGUCAAAAGAGGCUAUGGUUCUGACUUCCCAGUUCAGAGCAAGCGAGAGAUCUUCUGAAUUGAAAAAAUUGAAAGCAGGAGAUAGGAAGAGUAUCAAUUCAGAAUUAUUGCAUGCAUGUGCUGGACCACUUGUUUUUUUGCCACCAAUUGGAAGCGUGGUGGUCUACUUUCCUCAAGGCCACAGUGAGCAAGUUGCAGCAUCAAUGCAGAAGGAGACUGAUUUCAUACCGAGUUACCCUCACCUUCCUUCCAAGUUGAUUUGCAUGCUCCAUAACCUUACACUGCAUGCUGAUCCAGAAACUGAUGAGGUCUAUGCCCAGAUGACUCUUCAACCUCUAAACAAAUAUGACAAGGAAGCAAUACUGGCAUCUGAUAUGGGCCUCAAGCAAAGCAGACAACCUGCUGAGUUCUUUUGUAAGACUCUUACAGCUAGUGACACUAGCACUCAUAGCGGAUUUUCUGUCCCUCGUCGAGCAGCUGAGAAGAUCUUCCCUCCUCUGGAUUUUUCAAUGCAACCACCUUGUCAAGAGAUAGCAACAAGAGAUUUACAUGAAAAUGCAUGGACUUUUAGACAUAUUUAUCGAGGUCAACUUAAGAGGCACAUUCUGACUACCGGUUGGAGUGUCUUUGUUAGCACAAAAAGACUCUUUGCUGGUGAUUCAGUUCUUUUCAUAAGAGAUGAGAAGUCACAGCUUCUUUUGGGUAUAAGGCGAACUAACAGACAGCAGCCGACUCUCUUGUCAUCAGUAAUUUCUGGUGAUAGCAUGCAUAUAGGGAUCCUAGCCGCUGCAGCAAAUAACAGCCUAUUUACCAAAUUCUACAACCCGAUGUAUUGCUAUAACAUAUGUUGUUUGUUCUUAGAUUCUUCAUUAUUGUUUAAUGCAAUCUUGUUAGUCAAACGCUAA